CGGUGAGGGUCCCAUAACAAUUCACGCCUUCUCCUUCCCAUAACAUCCAAGUUGGAACGGGGAAGGACAAUUGGAAAGCAGAGAAUUGAUUGAGAGAGAAGCAAAUCAAAAGAUCCACGCUCCGUGGUUGUGUAGGCCAUAGGGUUCUUUUCAAUGGAAGAAACAAAGCCCGUUCAAUUCUCCACAGAUCCACAACCACCACGAACCCACUCCAACAAAAGAAAGCUUAGCAGCGUCGAACUCCGCAAUUCCUCCUACUUCAAAAUUCGCGCCCUUGUUCGACAACUCCGUCCCCAGUUUAUCCAGGUGCUUCAGUCACCUGACUUUCGGAAUUGUAAAGCAGCUCAUGAACUUCGAAUACAAAUGAAGCUUGUGAUGGAUUCAUGCAAGCAGAUGACCAUGGAGAUAGAUCCCCUUGAGAAGUUUGUGUUGGAAUGUCAGCCUUCCUCAGGUAAAAGCAUGCCUGUAAAACAAUCCUGGGACAGACAAAAGGAUAGAGAAGUACCAGAGUUGCUUCGGCAUAACAAGCCAUCAGAACAACCUGCAGAACAGAAAACACAUACAAAUUUCAACUCACAGAUGAAGCUUGAUGAUCGCCGGACACGAAAGAGUUAUAUUGUUGGUGGUUCAGUUUUUGGUUGGAACUUCAUAACAUUUGGAGGCAGUAGCCCUGUUUAUUAUGGGGUGACGAAGGAGUCUUACAGAAACACCCUUAACAGGAAAAUGUCAUGAACUCCUCUUUUUAAGUAAUAAUAUAGAAAAUGCACAUUCUAUAGUGUAGCAACUUUGAAUUGGCCAUUGCUCGAAAGAAUAGAAAAACUUUGAAGUAGCCAUUAGAAGCCAGAAAAUAUUCAUUUUGUUUAAGAAAGUUGAAAAUUUUGAUGGAAAGAAGCCAGUUGUCAUGUUGUUUUUAACAGACGGGACCAAUUUUGCCAUUACUGGGUGGGAAUGGAUUCAGCACGGUUUCAUA